CCUGUUAUGUGGUAUAUUAAACACGAGACAUGAAUAUUAAAUAAUUAUUAUUAAUAUUUCAAAAACAUUCUGAUUUAAAGAUUUAGUGGUUAAUAAUAAACCAUUUGGAUCCCAUGUUGAGCCUGUGCCUCCGUGUUGUGCUCGUACCGCCGGUCUCCGCCAGGCGGCGGUGUCUCGGUCCACUCGGGUGUUGCCAGAGCAGGUGCGCCGAGGUGAGGCAGCGCGGAGAGUUCGGGUGUUUCCGUCGCGGCUCGGCAGUGAACCGCUGUGGAUGUGGGAAUGCGGUUGCCUGAGGCAGCAGCGGGCAUUGCUGGACACUCGGCUGAGAUGUGCGUACAGAAAGAGGAGCCCUCAGCGGUUGGCUGUCGUCCAAGUUAACGGGCUGUUUUGGGGAUGAGGGUGGCAGCUGCGGACGGCUGGGUGUCGCUCGCUGGGGUCUUUUCCUCCCUUAUUUUUCCGGGGAUUUUCUGUCUUGUGGGGGAGAGGGAAUGAGAGAGGAGCCAAGGAGGAUUCCCCAGCACUAUGGAGCCACGCAUUGCAGGCAGCUGUGAAAGGUGACAGUGACAUGAAAAGUAUCUGACCCUCAACUGUAAACCUUUACCUGGUGCUGCUGCACGUCAGAGCGACAACACGUAACAGCAUCAAGUUGUGGAGUUUGUGAAGCCAACAGCAGCAUCAUGUUCUACGGUUCUUCCUCUGGGGCCAGUAUGUCCCUGCCGUCCAAGAGCCGCCUGAAACGCCAGAGCAGGACCUUCACACAGGUCCUGUACCGCACUCUGAGUUACAGAGACCGUGUCCCGGUAGAAACUGGAACAAACACUCGUGGGGACCGGCGCUCGACUACUGAACCCCCAGAGCGGCCGGCAGACGAUCCAGCUGAACUCUCCACGCAGAGCUCAGCCCCCGGGGUGCUGAAGAUCUUUGGAGAUGAAAUUUGUGCCGGUGCCAACUACAAGAGCGUCCUGGCCACACCGCGCUCCAGUGCACAGGAGCUGGUCAAAGAGGCACUCGAGCGUUACUCUCUCAACAAGAACGCUGCCCACUCUUACGUCCUGUGCGAUGUGAUCGGGCGUUUGGAGGGGGGUGGCGGGAUAGGAGGAGGGGGAUGGCGAACCGAGUGCCUGCGUGCGCUUGGGGACAAUGAAAAGCCGCUGUUGCUUCAAGAGCUGUGGAAACCCAGAGAGGGACACGCUCGCCGGUUUGAGCUGCGCAGGAGAGCAGAGGUGGAGGAAUUCAACGCCAAGGAUAAGGACACCAUCACUGCUGGGCCCAAAACCUCCCAAUUCCUGGCGGCUCUAAUGGGUCGGUCCGGGCUGAGCAAACACAGGAGCUCCCCCCUGCGGUGUGGUCGAGCGGUACAGUCCAGCUCUAAAGAUAUUAAUGCUCAGGCUCGUAAGCUCCAGAGGAACAGGGCAAAAGGGACUCUGACCCUGCCCCGGUCCAGCAACUCAUCCUUCUGCCGCAGCCUCAGUGAGACCAGCCUCAACCAGCUGGGUGUCGGAGAUGAGCCCAAGCGUUAUUACUCCACCCUGCCAGGGCCCUUAAGGGGUAGAGAACGUGAGGUGGCCUCCAGUGGCCGGAGGAAAGAGGAGGGGAGUCAGGGAGGAGGAGGGGUGAGGCACUCGCUUUACCAGUCCCCACACCUCCUGCUGCUACAGGGAUACAACCGGCAGGACUGCUUAGUGUACUUGCUGAACAGAGAGCAGCACACAGUCGGUCAGGAGACUCCGUCAGCUCGCCCCAACAUCUGCCUCUUCUCUCCUGACAUCCUGCCUCUCCACUGCCGCCUGCGCCGAGUCCCCGCACCCCGUCGUCAUGCCAACAAUAACAAGGGAGAGGAGCCGGCGGAGAGCCAGCGGUCCUGUGUUGCUGUUGAGCCUGUGCUCCACGCCACAGUUCUGGUGAACUUUUCCCGCUGCGAGCGCUCCACCACGCUGCGACACGGUGACCUCCUCUCCUUUGGAGCGCAUUACAUCUUCUUGUACAAGGACCCCGCGGGCGCUAAGCCUUUGCCUGCUCAGACCUUGGCACGCCUUAGGUCCCUGGGGCAGCUUUACGAUGCAGGGGUGGAGGAGGGAGAGGGCGGCACUCAGACUUGUAAGAUGUGUGGUUCUGUGCUGAAGGACAGAGCGGUACAGGCGUUGAGUGUUCCUGCAAUCAGACGCAGCUUCAAACCUCACCUGGUAAAACCCCGCUGUGGGGGGACAGCGACAGGAGCACCCCUUAGUGUGUCAGGAGGGGAAGGAGGAGGAGGAGGAGGAGGAGGAGGAGGAAGAGGAGGAGGUCAGAAAAGAAGGCUACAGCUGGAGUUUGACCAGGCUCAUGAAGACCAGCUAUUGAACAGGAUUGUGUCUCUCAUAGAACCUGGAGGAGACGACCACAAACUGACGCCUGCCUACCUGCUGUGUCUGUGCAUACAACACUCUGCCUCAACCUUCCCACCUGGGAGCUUUGGAAAACUGCUGCUCAAGAUUGUCAGACGAAUCCAGACCAUCGCAUGGGAGAAGACAAAGGAGCUGGCUCAGAAGCAAGCUCAGCACCAGGACCCGGCCUCCCUGUCUCUCCUUAGUAUCUCAGACUUAAUACCAGACCUGCAAACCAUCUUCUUCUGGAUGUCCAACUCCAUCGAGAUCCUCUACUUCAUACAGCAACGAGCGCCAGCGUACACACACAGCAUAGAGACACUGCAAGGGUCAAAGGAGUCGUUGCUAUCGGCGACCAUAUCAGCCAAUGAGGAGGCAAUGACUAUCUUGGAAGAAGUGAUCAUGUACACUUUCCAGCAAUGUGUCUACUAUAUCACCAAGGCUCUUUAUGUAGUGUUACCAGGUUUGUUGGACUGUAAUCCAUUCCCAGUCGACAGCUCUGAGCCUUGCUGGAAAGGAGGUGUAGGGUUUCCUGAACCUGUGCGCAGGGUCUUGCAGGUGUUUCAGAAUGCCCAGGAGCUGUUGCAAGGCUACCAGGUCCACCCGGAGAUUCAGGCUCAGAUGUUCGCCUACCUCUUCUUCUUCUCCAACGUGUCGCUGUUUAACCAGCUAAUGGACAAAGGUCCAUCUCGGGGUUGGUUCCAGCGCUCGAAGGUGUUGCAGAUUCAGGCGUGUCUGCGAAUGGUCAUGGAGUGGGCGAGCAGGUCUGGUCUGGGACAUCUGGCUGAAAAGUUCUUCACCAAACUCAACAGCACUGUGUCCAUACUGGCCACGGCCCCACAACAGCUCACACAGUUGAGUUGGCGAGCUUUGUCCAGUGAGCACCCGGCUCUGAAACCUGUCCAGCUGCACAGGAUUCUCACCCAGUACCAGCUCACAGCAGAGAUAGGUCCGGUCCCAACAUGGCAACCCAGCAGUGAGGAUGAGGCGUACAUUUACAGAACAGUGGACCUCCUGGAGAGCUUUGAGAACCACCCUCCCAUAGUGCUGCCCAGUGCCGGCUUCAGAGUGGACUUGGACAGCGAGUGCGUUGAAGACAGCAUCUACAGACAGCUGCUCUACAUCCGCCACUACCUGUGGGGGCUGCGCACCAAGACGCAAACACACACCAGUGCCCCUGGUGUGCACACGCACUCCAACGGCACCAACACAGCUGACUGGCCUGACGUUCAGAGGGAGUUGCUGCCUCCGGCCCACAGCAGUCCCCGCUCUGGGGUUCCUGGGGACGAAGUGACGGCAGAGACAGGAGAGGAGAGAGGACGGGAAAGACCCCCAGGCCAAUCGCACACACACAGCCUCAGAAGGAACGGCAUCAUCCACCACACUCGCACAGCAAAUCCAGACCCAUCCUGCCUCUUAACCCCUCCCAACACCCCGCUGUACCCAGAAGGAGGAGGAGGGGGAGGGCAGAUCAUAGGCCCCAACACCCAGACUAACGGCUGCACCAGCAGAACUGUGGCAGAGUGUAAAAAGGCCAAUGGACUCAUCACCAACGGGCUAGAGGGGUGUAUUAGUGGGUGUGAGUUUCCUUUCCCUGUAUCCUCCCCUGGCGCCCCUCCCCUUCCUGAUGACUUGUGUGUGGUGUUUGUAGUGGAACUGGACAAGGGACCCUACGGACUGGGCAUGGGACUUAUAGACGGCCUGCACACUCCUCUCAACGCUCCAGGCAUUUACAUCCGGACUCUGAUCCCUGACGGACCUGCUGCCUCCGACGGCAGACUGAGGAUCGGAGAUCGCAUCCUGGCUGUGAACGGGACCAGUCUGAUAGGAGCAGACUACCAGAGCGCGGUGGAUCUGAUUCGUCUGGGAGGAGGUCGCCUACGUUUCCUGGUGGCAAAGUCCGACCCCGACAUCUCAGAGAAGAUCAGUGCCUCAUCCUGCUGACCACCUCUGAGACACGCACAACAUCAGACUGAAGAGGUAGGACAGCAAAACAUCGAGGGACACAGAUGUGUGCGCCCAUCAACAGGGUACACACAAAGACACACCCAUGCGUACAUACGUGGCUUCAAAUAUGAAUGUGAAAUCUAGCAUCAGCACAGCACAAAGCCAAGCAAUCAAACUGGAGAUAACGCUCCAUGACUCCGCUCCACAGCUGCCAGACCUGCUUCCCCUCACGCUGACUCCUACUGGGUUUGUGUGACAGACAGAAUCCGUUACUCACUGCGACAUCAAAGGACUAUGCUGCGAGGAAAAGUUGCCUAAUUAAUCAGCGUUUGGGGCAAGCGAGCCAGUAUGCAGUCUGAUGUAAUUUAAAGCACAGUAGAUCGUAGGGUUUUAAUUUCUCCUCAGUCGGCGCUCGGAGCAUGUGCACACAUUGGACUUUUUACCACCUGUAUUUUAGAAUAAUUUGUAUUAGUAAUCCAGACAUUCAGUAGCAUGGUAUAAUAGCUACCCAGCUCUCAGACAAAAGGACUCAAACUUGGACACAAACUGAGAAUGUACUUUACGAUUAUAGAAGCUUUUGCGGACAAACAAAGUGAGGACAGCCUCAGCGCACGCUGGAUGUUUUACACAGUGGAAUGUUUUAUAAUCAUGUUUGUUAGCAACUCCCAAAGCACUAUCACCGCCUGCUCGACAGACUAAACGAUUGUGUAUAAAUGUUGACUUUUGUACCGGAGAGAGCGUCGAAGAGGAAGAGAACUCAAGACAAACAGCCCAGCUCUCCCAUUUAACCUCAGUAAUGGACUUUAUACCUCCACUGGAAAACAGACGAGCUCUCAAGGCUCGACAUGCACAGACAAUGUGCAGCUGUUGUGGGACAUUGUUUAUUAAUUACUGGGUCAUCAAGACAACAUGAUUCACUCCAGAGGUUCUGAUGCACAAUCCUGGUGUGUAUAAAGUACUCUUUUGUUGUGAAGAUAUACUGUAUGUAUCUUGUCAUGAGGUGUAAAUAGUUGUGUGUAAAUACUGAACACUUGGUCACAUAAUGUUUGGACUUCAAAAGAGGAAACCGCAUUUGGGGAACUACUCAAUCAUUUUUUUCUGCAAUACAUUGGUCAGUAAACACUGAAACCUGCUGAUGGGGAAAAAACUGUUCUGGAAUGACGUGAAUAUAGUUAUGAAUAUAGUUAUAGUUAUGGGUUGUGGAUUUUUUUCUCUCUAAAUUUUAAUUUAUUUCAAGCACUUGAACAGGCAUGAAACUUGUACACUGCAAAACUGCAUAUCACUGUUCACAAAGUCAUCAGCUGCACUUUUACUUAAAGGGUUACUAUACCUAAAUUACAGAAAACAUUUUUUUUUCCUUCUAGUUGUAUCUAGUCAGGCAGAUGGUCAUGCUUUUAGGUUAGAUUUUGAGAUGUCUCGAGAUGCUGGUGCCUCCAGCCCAGUACGAUAAAGCUAAAUGGAAUUUUGAUUGUGUUUGUUCACAGCAUUGACAAAUUACAUUUUAAACAUUCAACAGCAGUUUUCUCUCCAGAUAUAAUGUCCAGGUUGCUCUGGACAUGUACCGUCUUUGAUAGAAGAAAGUAGUUUCACUGAAGACCUUUCAUUGUGAGGUCUGUGGGAGUGUUGUCAAAAAUAUUGAUUUAUUGAUACAUAUCGUUCCUGAAUAUUUGAAACUAUUUCAGUACUCAUUUUCAGCAGUAUUAAUACACCAAUACCAGCCGUGCUUUCUUGCUCUCUCUUAUUGUUCAUGUUUACUAUAGUCAUUCUGUUCUCUGCUACUAAACAAAAAAAGAAAACUUGGAAUUCAGUCAUGUUACAGCCUUUUAUAUUAAUCUUUUCAUGUACAUUUUAUGCCCUCAUUGUCCAUUUUUCCUGUGGUAUCAAAAAGGCUAUCAAAGUAGUAGUAAACUGUGGCUUAUCCAGUGCAGUGGGGACAUUUUUUUCUCUUUGAAAAAAUGUUGCUAAUGAUUUUUUACAAAUAACUUUUCAAUGCUGUGAGCACAAAAAAGGAUUCCAUUCAAGGACCUACCUUCCUUGACAUUUAAACGAAGUUUAAACUUAGACUAGUCGACUAGUCUAAAGGUAAGACAUCAAUCGAAACGGUUCAAAUGCAACAGUGUAAUGGUUAAUUUUUUUUUUUGAGGGAAUUUAUUCAAAUUUGGCACAAACUUUCACUCUGAGUCAGGGAUUAAAUGAUUACAAUUUGGAGGUCAAAGGUCAAGGUCACUGUGACCUUGUUUGCCAUAUUCUCAUGAACAUGAUCUCAAGAACACC